AUGGCACCAGUUAAGGAUGAAAUAGUAUUGGAGUCGGAUGUGACAAGAUCAAACACCAUUACCCCUACAUUGCCAGAAAUGAUUCCAUUAGGGGAAUAUUUAUUCUUGAGAAUAUCUCAAGCUAAUCCAAAAUUAAAAUCAAUUUUUGGAAUUCCUGGUGACUUUAAUCUUACUUUACUUGACUGUUUAUACUCAGAGUUAAUUGCUAGUAAAGAUAUUAAAUUUGUCGGUAUCUGUAAUGAAUUAAAUGCUGCUUAUACAGCAGAUGGUUACUCUAGAAUUAUGCAAGCAUUAACUGUAUUAGUUACUACUUUCGGUGUUGGUGAAUUGAGUGCUAUCAAUGGUGUAGCUGGAUCAUUUUCGGAAUACUCUCCAAUCUUACAUCUCGUGGGUACAACUUCUAUGAAACAGCGUGGUAAUGCUUCUGAAGGAAUUUAUUCUGAUAGAAUUGAAAAUCAUCACCAUUUAGUUCAAUCCAAAAAUCCUUUAGAACAUCCAAAUCAUGAUAUUUAUAAGCAAAUGUCAGCUCCUGUAAGUGUAAUUCAAGAGUCAUUGGAUGAUAAUACUUGUGAAAAUUUAAAUAAAAUUGAUAAAGUAUUGAUUACAGUUAUCAAGGAAUCAAGACCAGGUUAUCUUUUUAUUCCUUGUGAUGUUCCAGACAUUAUGGUUCCAACCCAAAGAUUGUAUGGUACUCCUUUAAAGCUCUUUGAUGAAAUUACACCAAAAUCAAGGGAAAUAUUAGAUGAAAUAGUAGGUAAUAUUCUUAAUAAAUUAUACAACAGUUCAACCCCUUCUAUCUUUGGAGAUUGUUUAGUUUCAAGAUUUGGAUUAGAGUCAGAAUUUAAUGAACUCAUUGAAAAGCUUCCACAAAACUUGGUUAAGUUAUUUUCUUCAAACUUAGGAAGAUAUAUUAAUGAAGACUUACCUAAUUAUAUUGGAUUAUAUUUUGCAGGAGGUUCCUCAAAUAAAGUAGUCAAAGAAGAAUUUGAAAAUCAUACAGACUGUUUGAUCAAUUUUGGUUUCUUUAAUUCAGAAACCACAACUGGUGGUUACCAGUGGAAUAUUUCUAAUAUAAAGGAUUAUAUUGAAAUUCAUCCUGAUUAUGUUAAAAUUAACAACAAGGUUACAAUGCUUAAAGAUAUGUCUUCAGGCUCAAGAAAAUUCACCAUGAGGGAUUUAUUAAUUGAAAUGAAAAACCAACUUGAUAUUUCAAAAUUUGUUAACAUUCACAGGGACAAUAUUAAAGAUAAGAAAUUCUAUCCUACCAUUCAUUGUACUAAUGAAGAAGCCCUUGAUCAUAUCCCUCAAACCAGAUUGAUUGACCAUUUGAAUGAAAAUUUACAAUACAAUGAUAUCUUAGUGAUGGAUACAAUGUCUUUCUCCUUUGCCUUGCCAGACAUUAAGUUUCCUGCUGGUUUGAAAUUAGUUACUCAAAACUUUUAUGGUUCCAUUGGUUACGCCUUACCAUCUUCGUUCGGUGUCACUAUGGCAGUCAAUGAUUUAGGGUGGUACGAUAGAAGAAUUAUUCUUGUAGAAGGUGAUGGUGCUGCUCAAAUGACUGUUCAAGAAUUAUCAGGCUAUGUUAGACAUAGUAAAUAUAUUAAGAAUUUCCCCAAGAUCUUUUUAAUUAACAACGAUGGGUACACUAUUGAAAGAAUGAUUAAUGGUCCUACUAAAUCUUACAAUGAUAUUUGCAGCAAUUGGGAUUGGGCAAAUAUUUUGAAAGUCUUUGGAGAUCCUUAUGGAAAGUAUCAUAAGAGUUAUAAAAUUUCAAAUUUAAGUGAAUUUAACCAUUUCUUCAAAAAGGGUGCAGAUUAUGGAUCCAGAUUUGACAAUUCCAAAUUAGAAUUCUUUGAAUUGAUCAUGGGAAAAUUUGACGCUCCGCCUGUAUUUAAAGAGUUAUUUGUACAUAAGUAA